CUGCACUUCGCGGUCGCAUACAGAUACUUUGUUUGUGGGACUACUGUAAUCACGUGGAAUUAUGGAAAAAACUCAGCAAUUAGUUUUGAGUUCAGAAGAUGAGGAGAUCUUCCAAAAAUUGUAUUCAGAAGGAUUAAAGAAUAGCAGGAAAAAUGUUGAUGAAACCAUGCCAGUUCCCAAGUUUUACACUAAACUUCCCAACCAUGAAAACAUGAUUAGUCUUAAGCUGAGAGAAGAAGCCCGCACAGCAUUCCUUCAAAAGAAGAGCAAAGAACUUCUUGACAAUAACGAGCUUCAGAAUCUGUGGACUCUACUAGACAAAAAUCACAGCCCUCCAUUUUCUGGUUCUGAGCAAAUGAUCAACUAUGUUGAUUUCCUCAAAGUAGGUAGCAUUGCCGGCCUUAAAUAUAAGGCUUUUUUCACUCCAGUUGUAUUUGCCAGAUUACUGCAAAGUGAUAUUCAUGGCAGAAUUUCAACCAUGGCUGUGUUCAAUUAUAUCAUGAGGAAAGUUUGGUUACAACAAACUAGAAUUGGUCUUUCACUUUAUGAUGCCACAGGCCAGGGCCUCCUUACUGAAAUGGAUCUAGAGAACUACAUUACUGAAUUAAUCCCUACGCUGCCGCAGUUGGAGGGGCUUGAAAAAUCAUUCCAUUCGUUUUAUGUAUGUACUGCCGUACGCAAGUUCCUGUUCUUUUUAGAUCCGUUAAAACUGGGUAAAGUCAGAAUACAGGAUAUUCUCGCCUCGGGUUUUUUGGAUGAACUGUUGGAGCUUCGGGAUGAAGAGUUACCUAAAGAUGCACAAGAUUCAAAUUGGUUUUCCGCCCCUUCGGCUCUUAGAGUUUACGGACAAUAUUUAAAUUUAGACACCAAUAGGAACGGUAUGCUAUGCCAAGAAGAACUUCGACGGUUUGGCACUGGAACAUUAACUCGCGUUUUUAUACAACGUGUAUUUGAAGAGUGCAUGACCUAUGAAAAAGAAAUGGAUUACAAAACGUAUUUGGACUUCGUUUUAGCCAUGGACAACAAAAGAGAACCACAAGCCCUCCAGUAUUUUUUCCGAUUGCUAGAUGUCGGCCAUCGGAAUCAUCUCAAUACCUUUGACCUUCAUUUCUACUUUAAAGGUGUGCAAGAGUUGAUGCAGCAGCACAAACAGGAAGUCGUUGCAUUUGAUGACGUCAACGAUGAAAUUUUUGAUAUGGUCCGUCCUGCCGAUCCAUCCAAGAUCACGUUACAAGAUUUAAUUAGCUGUGGUUAUGGGGAAACCGUCAUCAAUAUCCUUAUUGAUUUGGAUGGAUUUUGGACCUACGAAAAUCGCGAGGCCGUUGUGACGGAUAAGAAUAAUCAGGAUAAGCCGGAAACUUGAAUUUGGAAUUCUUGUACAUAGAAAUUGUAUCACGAUCUCAUCACCAUUUCCCCCUCUUGGACCAAUCCUUCGGGGUCCAGUGCAAGCAUUUGGGGUCAAUGUGCAACUUCCAUUUCUCUUUGUUUUUUAUGCAAUUUUUCAUGGCUUCUUCAUUCAAAAUGAGUACAUACUGCCCCUUGUAGUAA